AUGACGAACGCAGCCGGUGCCAACGUACAUGCAGCUCGCAGCUAUAUUAGUACUACCAUCGAUCCUGGCACCUGGUACCGGCUCACAAAUGCCCAUCUCGGCCCCUCCAUCUCCCUUGAUGUGGAAAAUGAUGGCGUGGGCAACAAAGAAGGGCUUCUGAAAAUGUCACCUUCCGCCGAUUACAGUGGUCAAUUCUGGCGGUUUAUUCCGCAGCCAUCUUCCGGAACGUACAAGAUACAAAACAUGUUUCUGGGUCCAAACAGGGCCCUGGAUGUGUAUGGGAACGACAGGACCAAACCGCAUUUGGCAACAGAGGGGAAUUACUCAGGCCAAAUGUGGACGCUAGACGGCUGGGGGGACACGACGUGGAGACUAUUGAAUGCAUAUUCUGGUGAUGGUCUUCGCCUCGACACGUAUUUGGAUACACACGGACUCUUUAUGGGCGAUGGAAAUAAUUCGGGACAGCAUUGGACUCUUACAGCGAUUAGGAAGAUCUAA